CAUUCGAGUCCAUUGCUCAUGCAAGCCCACUCAGAAUCUUUUUCUUGCUUGCCUCUCUUAGUUCGCAUCAUACCCUCCUCUCAAGACAAAUCUCUCGUCAUUUCUCGUGCCUCAACUACCGUGUCUCGAUGGGAGACCUGUCUGGGUUUGGCAACGCGAUCAGUCAAACACAGAGCCUAGAAUUUGCGAUGAUGCCACUCAAGGUCCACUUCACGCAGCCCACAGAAAGCCAGAAAGACGAGGUAGAUGAAUCAAGUGAUAUGUCAUAUUGCAAGCACGCGGGGGAAGUAUAAGCUACUUCCCUGACGCGAGAAGUCAACGCUUGGGCAAUCCUGUUUUCUGUGCUGCUGUUGUUAUUGACAUUGAGACUUCGCCUGACCCAAAGCAAAGUGACUUAUUGCAGCCAGUCGUUAACCAAUGGUUUUUUGUACGUUUGAUCUCAUCGUUAUCUCUUGUGGGUAAUUCCUUCUAUGUAGCAAUGCUUCCGAAGGUUUAUUGAACCAGUGAACGUGAGAUCUUCAACUCGUAUAUUGACUCUCAGGUUGAAGGAGAAUCACCUACGUUGCUGUUUUUGGGAGACUGUCUGAGCGUGACGGACGUCAGCAACACGUGUUUGUCGCACUCAUGCCUUUGAUCAAGUUCUCCCUCCAGUCCUUCUUGAACUUGAUCAAGAUUGUCAGACUGUGUAUGCAAUCUCGAAAAGAAGACGAAGACACCGAAAUGCUAUAUAGACAGCGAGCAGUCGAAGUCCAUUCCAACAACAAACCGCAUUCACAGCUUCCUAGCGAGCAUACAAACUUUCACCAGGAUCUAGAUGGAGAUGAUGCGGGACUUUCAACACACGUAGUCCUGUCUGUUCCAGUCUCCCAUCUAGCAGGGACUACCGUGAACCUGGAUGCGCUUACGAUGCCAUGCCAAUUUCGACUCAUCGACUGUGCCGCAUUCCUCGACUCGGACGUGCUGAAAAUUGUUCAGUAUCCGUCUAUCUCCUUUGACAGCCCCACCACUUCAAUGCCCUCAUUCGCCGCCAUUUCUUAUCCUUGGCGCGACCUCCAGCUCCCGUCGGGCACCAGUGUCCCCUCUUUCGCCGUCAACGGUGCCACGCACGCCGACCCCAUCUCACUUGACGUCCUGCGCACUGCCUGCCUCGCGGCUCGUAAGCUCUUCUCCUGCACCCAUAUCUGGCUCGACCGGCUUUGCAUACUUCAAACGAGCAAGGCGGAUAAGAACUGGCAGAUCCAGCGGAUGUAUCGCAUCUACUCGGCAUGUGCAGUCUGUCUUGUCUUGCCGGGAGGUCUGGUCAGGCUGGCGGGGCUGGCAGAGCCGACGUCGUGGGCCGACAGGGCUUGGACGCUCCAAGAGGCUCUCGCCCCGGGCAAGGGAAAAAUCAAGUGCCUGUUUGAGCUCACCCACUCGUCCUUCCAAGAUUUCCUCGACGAGAAAUGCCCCAGAGGUGC